AUGCUUGAUUUUUGGCGACCCACAAAGAAAACUAGCCUUGUUACCUACUCUAAUCCCCCACGUAAAAAUAAAACAUUAUUCAAAUUGUGCUAUGAUCGAGGCGACAUUCCCGCUGUCAUUUCAUAUGAUGAAAAGGGUACCAAAAUUCUAUCAUGGAAAGUUGAUGCUGACAAACUGGAUUAUCAUCAGAUAUUGCCUAUAUUUUUUGAUGGUUUAAGGGAAGAAAAGUAUCCGUAUAAUUUUGUCGUAACAAAAGGACUACAAUUUCUCCUCUCAAAUGGUCGUGACAAAGUUCUACCGGUCAUUCCACGACUGAUAAUGCCCAUUAAAAAAGCAUUGUCAACUCAUAACCGCCGUAUCUGCUGCAAUGUUAUGAAGGUUCUGCAAGAGCUUGUCAAUUCUCACGAAGGUGUUGGCGAAGCAUUAGUACCCUACUACAGACAGCUCCUUCCCACAUUUAACUUGUUUAUCAAUUACAAUAGAAACAUUGGUGAUGCCAUUGAAUACAGUCAACGCAAGGAUGAAAAUAUUGGCGAUCUGAUCGAUGAAACCCUAAGAAUAAUGGAAACAAAGGGUGGGGAAUAUGCCUACCUCAAUAUCAAAUAUAUGAUUCCAGUUUACGAAUCCAAUCUACUUCAGUGA